AUGAAGGCUUCCAUUAUCCUCUCGACUUCUGUCUUUGCCAGCACCGCUGUUGCUCGACUGUACAAACGUGAUGAGAUCGUCGCUAGAGCAGACAUGAGCAGUUCGACAAGCGCAGCUCCUAUCGCUGCCAGCCCCACGGGAACAGGAGACGACGGGGCAGAAGAGACUUUAUCCACAGACACAGGGGCACCGUCAACGGCCGGCACCACGACAUCUUCAAUCAGUGCAAGGCCCUCAAUCCCUGACACAUAUGACUGUGUGAGUGAGUGCAAUAGCAACUACGAUACAUGUCGUACAGCUCCCGGCGCCAACAUGUCCACUUGUGCAGCUCAGUAUGCUGGAUGUCUUGGUUACAACCCCUUUGAAGGAGGGUCACUCGUUACACCCACAGCUUGUUCCGCCCCUGCGUCCGACACACCCAAACCUACUCAACCUGGCACAAGCGACUGUGUGACUGGAUGUAACAAUGACUAUAACAAAUGUCGCACCGCUCCUGGUGCCAAUAUGUCCACUUGUGCAGCUCAAUAUGCUGGAUGUCUUGGCUACAACCCUUUUGAAGGAGGGUCACUCGUCACGCCUACUGCUUGUUCUGAAGAACCUCAGCCUACUCAGUCGAACACAAACGAGUGUGUCGAUAAGUGCAACAGCGACUACGAUAAAUGUCGCACAGCUCCUGAUGCCAACAUGUCCACCUGUGCAGCUCAGUACUCCCAGUGCCUUGGGUACAACCCUUUUGACGGAGCUGGAUCGCUUGUCACACCUACUGCUUGUUCUAACACACCUGGACCUACUCUUACAAGCACAAGUGCAGUACAGUCAUCUAUGACUUCACCAUCCCCCCCACCUCAGCAAGACACAACAAUGCAGGGGACUGAGACCUACCAACCACCUGUCGCUACCUGCACUUCCAACGUGUGCACUCAACCCACCAUGACUGAUCACGAAGCUCCACCAGUGAUGACCGAAUCACCUGUUGUGGUAGACGGUGCAGGGAGUCUUCGACCUUGGAUGACGUUGAUUGCAUUGGCAGCGCUGGCCAUACUAUAA